GAAGUCAGUAUGAAACGUACAUUUGUGGAAAUAGGUUGAUUGAAUACACUAAUUAUAGCGAUAGAAAAGUACAACUUGGAGAAUGCAUAAACACGUGGAAUUAAUUGCUUGCUGGCUGCUCUCGCUGCUCUUCCUCACCCUCACCCUCUCGCCAAUCGUCGAGCCGGUUCAGGCCGCCAGUGACGUCACCAUGCCACAAACCACUGAAGUGGAAUUCUCACGCCGGCUGGCCAUCUUCUCCCUCAACGUGCACCAGAAGCUGUCGCUGCUGAAUCCAGACCAGAACGUGGUCUUCUCCCCAUUCUCCAUACAGACCUGCGCGGCCAUGGCACGCCUGGGUGCCGAGGGAGAGACAGCCGCGGAGCUGGACCGAGGUCUGGGACUGAUCUCCAGCGACGCUUCAGAGAUAGCCCAGAGCUUCCACCAAGUGCUGGCCACCUACGAGGAGAGCCAGAUCCUGCACAUAGCCAACAAGGUCUUCGUGAUGCAGGGAUACCCGCUCCGCGAGGAGUUCAACCAGCUGCUCACCAAGGAGUUCCUCUCGGCGGCGCAGAGCGUAAACUUUGCCCAGAGCGCCGAGGCAGCAGGCACCAUCAACGCGUGGGUGGAGCAGAGGACCAAUAAUCUGAUCAAGGACCUGGUGCCGGCCAGUGCCCUGGACGCCAACUCCCGCCUGGUCCUAGUUAAUGCCAUCCACUUCAAGGGCACCUGGGCGCACAAGUUCCCCCAGCAGGCCACUCAGCAGGAGUUGUUUCACCUGAACGAGAAGCAGAGCACAAUGGUACCAAUGAUGAACUUGAAGAAGAAAUUCCGCUAUGCGGAUCUGCCCGAGCUGGGUGCCGCUGCCCUGGAAUUGCCCUACGCGGACUCGGACUUGUCCAUGCUGGUUGUUCUGCCCAAGAGCAGGACGGGUCUGCCCGCGCUGGAGGAGAAACUGAGGGGUACGCCUCUCUCGGUGAUCACGCAGGCGCUGCGGAAGACCGAGGUGGUGGUCAAGCUGCCCAAGUUUAAGGCCGAGUUCCAGGCGGAGCUGUCGGAGGUGUUCAAACAGCUGGGCAUGGCCAAGAUGUUCGACAACAAAGCAGAGUUUAACAAAAUGCUUCAGAGUCCCGAACAGUUGAAGGUGUCGGCUAUCAUCCACAAGGCAUUCAUCGAUGUGAACGAGGAGGGCACCGAGGCGGCAGCAGCCACUGGAAUGAUACUGGUUAUGCAUUCGAUACCCAGGCCCGAUCCGGAACCCAAACUAUUCUAUGCCGAUCAUCCAUUUACCUAUUACAUUAUCAAGAAGGACUCGACCAUUCUCUUUGCUGGCAAACAGAUAAAGCUCUAAACUUUGUAAUAACCUCUAAUAUCCAACAAUUUGAAUGUCAUUUAAUCAUGCGACUAUUGUUUUUUUUUUAAAUCAACCAAUUUGUUUGCUGGAAAAUUUAUAACUAAGCAAUUAAUAGGAUCUACCAAUUAGAUCAACAAAUUUAAUUCCAUUCCGAUCUUACGGUUAAUGAUGCGAUUUCAGAUGCCCAGGAUCCAGCCAGAUCCCAGGCGCUUCUAUGCCGAUCAUUCAUUUCAAUUUUCUAUUAUAAACAAAGACGCGACAGCUCUCUUUGCUGGACAAAAUUUUUAAACUUUAAACUAAGACUUGAGACUGCACAAAAUCAACGAUCUUCUACACAAGCAUUUGUUCUAACCCAGCAUAUAAGAAAUCCCUUUUCAAUAAAGGUUCGCCAAA